AUGCCAGGAUCGCAGGGCUUUGAGAAGCUGUCAAUCGUGAGCACGUCACACCGGCAUGUGUACCAACAGGAAGUGGACGAGCUGAGGAGGGCAGGCAACUUGAAGUGCGCGGAUGAUGCAUAUGCCGAGGCAAAGCAGCUGUUCUCUGAGGCGCUCAAACUCAAGCCGGACGCUGCGCAGCUGCUCAUCAAUCACGCAUUCUGCCUCAUCAUGACAGGAGACCCUGCACGCGCGGACGAGGAUUGCUGCGUGGCAAUUGCGCUAGACCGGCGGCUGCCGAGCGCGUACCGGUGGCGGGCCACGGCUCGGCGCGACUGCGGCUGGAUAGUUGGAGCGCUGGAGGACAUGCGCAUGGCCGCCCGCAUGGCGCUCACCCCGGACAAGCACGAAGCUGCGCUGCAGGAAGUCAACAGGCUGAAGAAGUGGCGGGAAGGGCCGCUGGACGCGGCAAAGCAGGAGAAGGCUGCAGAGGAGUGCCGCGCUCGUGAGGCCCAGGCGGAGACACUGGCUCGGGAGGCGCGCGCGGCCGUUGAUAGCAUCCUGCAGCAACGACAGGCAGACCUCGCACAGGAGCGGGCAGCGGAGCAGAAUUGCCGCAUGCAGAUCUUCGAGGAGGCAGAGCUGCUGCUGGCGCUGCAGAAGAAAGAGAAGAGGAAGGCCAAGCUGCUGGGUGAGCUGGAUGACGCAAUGCGGCGUGGCGAGAACAUGCAGUUUGACUUGCAACGGGGCCAUGUCUUGAGCACCAAAGGCACCUUCACCACCUUCGACGACCGCCGGGAUCUCCUUGAGUUCUUCAGUAAACCAAAGCCGCCGUCAAGCGCAGCUGAGUCAUCGGGCGCCCAGUCAGCGUCCCAGUCAGCGUCCACCUCAGCCAAGGAGCCUCUCAGCAAGAACUUCCCCAUGUCAGCGCAAGGGGAAACGCGCAGCGGAAUCCGCACUCCCUGGGCCAGCGGGCUCUCACCCAGGCGAUCACCGGUACCGGCCGCCUCCGAAUCCUCGCGCGGCCCGCGCCGCGGAUCGUCCCUUGGCCCGGCGGCUGGGUCGGCCCGGCCGGAGACGGCGCGCACCCCCGGGGACUGGGCUCCAGUGAUGGACGUUGUGGAAGACAGCGAUGACGAGGCGGCCAGCAUGGAGGUGGAGGCCAUCGGCAUCGAGCUCGCCAAGCUGUCGGCCCUGAGUGUAGACAGUCUGCUCGGAUCAAUGCAGGAUGUCGGCGACUUCCGCGCGGCUGGCAUUGGCGCGGAUGCUCAGUGCCGGAUCUUCCCUCAGCAGAAGCUGACAGCAGCCCGCAAGGACACUGCACAAGCACAGAGCAUUAUACCGGCGGCAGCAGCUGCGGUGAGCGUGCAUGCGGCAACCAACGUGUAUGACUGUGAGACAGACAGCAGCGCGUCAGAGAAUGAGGCGGAUGAGCGGCCGCCUGCGGCCAGAGCAGCAACGAAGGCGGGCCGGGCUGCACUGCAGGAAGGGGAUGGUGAGUCAGGCAAGGUGGCUCGGCAUGGCGAGGGGAAGGGGACCGGUCGGGAGGCUGCUGCAGCAGAGAGCAAGGCUGAGGCUGUGUCUGGAUCUGCGGAUCAGCUGCCAGCACCUGAAGAAGACCAGCUGAGUGCAGAGGCGCAGGCAGGCAGCCGCUCAUCUGAUGAUGGGCCCUCCGAGAAUAGGUCAACGCAAGCUGCUGCGCAUGCUGCAGCCGCAGCAGCGGCUGGCGGGGAUGGCACAUCAGGCGGCGCCUCUCUGUCUGAGGGCAGUAGGGCCCCAACCCUGUCAGGGAAGGGGGAUGCAGCGUCUGAGAGCACAGGGGAAGCCCAGCAGGACAAGUCAAAGCAGUCAGGCACAGCGCAUGAGGCGGCCGCCAUGGCAGAGGAGGAGGUAACCCCAUCGGAAACAUCGUCUUCGGCAGCUGCAGGCUCCAGAACAAGGAAGAAGAAGGAGAAGCGCAAGCUGAAGACGGCAGCUGCCAAGGCAGCUGCGCAGGAAGACCAGCACAACCCGGGCACCCUUACAGAACACAGCAGCACUGCCACCCAAAGCAGCUGUCUGGCAGAGUCCAGUCAGCCAACCGGGCGCCUUGGCGGCAAGCGCUACAGGGAGGACGGGCGGGGGAUUAAAAGUCAACCCAUCUCUGCUGAGGACAUCGUGCGCGAGGCGAACAGCGAGGGGGGCUCAGGGAGCAGUGCAGCAGGGAGCUCUGCCAGCCCGGCAGAGACACUCAAGGCGGAUGAGUUUGAUGAGGCCUGCAUCCAGGAGCCACACAGGGGUGGCAGCAAGGUGGAGGCUACUCUUCAGAGGGCAGCCAGUGUGCUGGAGGCCCACACUGAGCAAGAGUCGGCACGGGAGGAGGCAGGGGCCAAGCAUGGCGGCAGCCUGCUGGACAGUAUGACCAACUUCGUGGGCAGCUGGCUGGGCAUGGGCAAGAGGGGGGCACCCUCCCAGUCAGGGGCCUCUUCCAGUGGCGUCUCCACCGUGCCAGAGACCCCGAGUGGCGGCUCGACGACCCCCGACAGCAACGAGCUGCACAUCACAGGCCUGGCGGGUGACUGCACCGCAGAGCUUCCAAGGGAGGAGGCGCGCAGGACCUUCCGGGAAGCAGUCGAGGCAGAAGCUUACGCAGAGGCCCAUCCAAUGGAUGCCAAGGCUGCCAAGAGGUGGCGGGAGGCCGAGGAGAAGUUCCCUUUAGCACUCAAGAUGUGCGACAGGAUUCUGGUCGAAGACCCGGGCAGCGGCUGGGCCCUCCUGACUAGGGCAGCCUGCUUCCUGCACAUGCGCGAGUUCAAAUGGGGAGCCGAGGCCUACGCGCGGGCUUUGGCGGACGCGCGAAAGUUUGAGGGGCCUGCUGCGCAUGCGCACAUAGAGAGGAUCCAGGCGGCAGUGGAGUGGGAGGUGGGAGCAUCAGCUCCCAGCAAGGAACACGUCCUCAGCAUGCUUGGAUCCGCUCUCAAACUCAGCUCUUCUCCCCAGAGAAAGAUUCAGUCCCUCCUGAACAUUGCAGAAGCGCACCUGCUGUUCAAGGACCUCAAGGAUGGGUGUGGGAUUGUGAAGCACAUCCUCUCCGACCCGAGGCUUUCGGAUGACUUCAAGGCGCACAUCUCCAAUUGUCAGAGGCAAAGGGUGUCGGAGAGGCUAAAGGCGGCAGGCAAUGAUCUGCAGAAGAACGAGGCCCUUUUGGAUGCCAAGGUCCUUUACAGCCUGAGCUUGGACGUGGAUAAAAACAAUGUGAAGGCUCUCAGCAAUCGAGCACUCAUGAACCUGAAGCUGGGCUGGUUCAGAAAGGCGCUGGAAGAUUGCACAGGUGUGAUCAACAGCACAGCCGCGGACGAGGCAUUGAAGGACAAGGCGCUCAGGAGGCGUGCGGAGGCUCACUGGUUCCUAAACCAGCCUGAAAAGGCAUAUGCUGACCUGCACGAUCUUGCGCACAAGACUCCAGAGGACAGACAAGUGCUGGAUGGGAUGCGGCUGCAGCUGGAUAGAGGGUAUGACUAUGACCCUGAAGCAAGCGACGAGUACCGUGUGGAGAAGCAGCACUCGUUCAAGCUCGUGAACCGCGACAGCGUGCCACUAGAGUACAGGUGGGUGGAUGAUCUGCCAAAGCAGCAGCCAGCCCUGGACAAGUUGGGCAACCCCAUGUCCGGCCGCUCGGAGCCAUUCCUGGAUGAUGAGGCAGAAGACGGCUGCAGCUUGGAGGAGAUCCAGCAGCGCAUAAAUAAUAUCACAAAUGACAUUGCUGCCGAAUGCGCGCCGGAGGCCGGGGGGUCCGGCGCCAAGUCAGGCAACGCCAGCCCCACACGCGUCGCCUCGGGCCUCUACUCUCCGUCCUCCGAGGACUGCUCAAUAUCCGCCGCGCAGCCGCGUGACUCAGCGGCCGACGGCGUUCUUGGGGACGGCGACGGCGACGGCGGCGUCGGCAGCCGCUGCAGCAGCGAAGCCUCUUACUGCACCGCAGAGCUUGACACCCCGGCAUUAUCGGAGUAUUCAGAGGCGCCGUUUGGGAAGUGUGAAGAAUCCGGAGAGCCGGAUGCCGCAGCGUUGCCUACCGCCGACGGCAGCCGCCGCGCAUCAAGCGAGUGCGGCUCGGCGGCUUCGCGCGCGCAGCUGUCGCCCUUCGACAGCCCCAGCGAGAUCAGCGCCGCCGAGGAUGAUGGCAGCGACUCGGACAACAAGCCAGCUACCCGGCGGACUUCCACCCUCUCCUUCAAGCAGGCCCCCGGCUUCUCCUCCCUUGAGCAGGACACCGACGCCGCGGCCGACGGCAGCCAGCCUGACGGGAACCCCGGCGCAUCAAAGCCGGGAACCCUGCCGAACUACCCCCGCGGCAAACCCCUGGCUUUCCAACACCCGGGAGUGGGACCGAAGCGCAGCGUGGACACUGGGUCACCCGCCAAUGACUCGCAGCACAUGGCCACUCUGGCGGCCGCGGCUGCGGCGCUGGCCGCGCCGGGCCCCUCCUGCAGACGGGGGGGUGUAAGCUCGCGCCCUCAGCCGCGGAACACCGGCAGCCCGCCGCGGGGCUCUGCACCUCAGUUUGGUGGACCACAGCGCGGAUUCCCAAAGCCUCCCUCCCCCGUCGGAGCCCGGCAGCCGGAGGCACGGCCGCAGCCACGGCGCGUGUCGGGGCUGCGCGGAAACUUCUUUGAGAAUGACGGCCGGGGACUCUACUCCGACUACGAGCCGGUGCACAAGGACCCAGUGCGUGACAAGUUCUCUCAGGAGAUGGCAAUGCGCUUCUUUGACCAGGGCAUGAAAGCUUACAAAUAUGGGAGACUUGAGGAGGCGAAGCAGGCUCUGACACACGCCGUCAAGAUGCUGCAUCCGGACCAUGAUCGCCUCCGACUUGCCUGCACAACGCUUGGCAAGUGCUGCCUGGAUCUCCACGAUACCGACGGCGCGCUGUUGGCGCUCACAAGGGCGACGCGGCUGUUCGAGCUGCAGGCGAGGACGCACCCGGCUAGGGAACAUCCGAUGUUUGUAGACAGCAUCGAUCAAGCAUUCGCGUGCCACCACGAGGUCCUGCGCCACGUCGGCCGCCACAAAGAAGCGAUGGAGACGUUGACAGCUGCCCUGAAGCUUCACAAGAACUGCCACAUCUGCCGGGAGCUGCGCGCGCUGAGGCACUUGCAGAGGGGCAGUCCGGACGUCGCUGUUAUGGAUCUGGAGAAGCUGUACACCCUGCUGCCCUCUCACAUGUGCCAGACAGAGGCCAUCGGCGAGAUCCUGGCGGUGACAAAAUCCAUCGCCGAGGAAAAUGCGCGUAAGGCGCGCAUGGCCGCGCGGCGCGCCCAAGCCGCCGGCAAAAAAGCCGGCCCGGCCGCCUCGCGGGAGCAGCCGCAUCAGCACUCGGGGGACGGCGCGGCCCAAGACAAGGCCCCCGCCGCCAAAGCCGGCCCAGCUGCCUCGCCCGCACACCAGCAUCAGCACUCGGGGGACGGCGCCUGCAGCUGCAGCGUGCGGCACAUGCUGCAGCACGCGAUCAGGACUGUUGGGCAGAAAAACAGGCAGAUGAGGGCGAAGGAGGAGGCCCGCGCAGCGCGCAGCACGCAAUGGGAGCCGCCUUCUCGCGGCGGCGGCAUCGGGUUCAGAUGA